AUGACAUUCAACACAAGCCUCUGGUCCAACAAAGUCCACUGCGUAGACCCAACACGCUCACCCAGCGGUGCCUGGAUUUUUGACGGUAAUCAAGACUUCCACUCCCUAACAGAAGAAGUAAAGACCGAAGAUCCCUCCCGAACAACCGCGGAGUGUUUCGAACUCAUAGGAGCUAUAUGGGACGAGACCUUCUUUGAGCGUUUCGAAAGACCCAGUGAUUGCAGUCACGCCCAUUGUCCAGACGCAUCUCGAUCCGAGGGCGGAGCAUGGCUACUCGAUGCUAGGACUCCUAUUGAGCCUAGAGUGCAAGCCUUGAAGGCUGAAGAUGCAUCAAGGACUAUGGCGGAUUGUUUCCGGCUUCUUGGGGCUUCGUGGUGUGCGACGUGGUUUAGUGAUGGGUGGGAGAUCAAUAAUGGUUAUCCUGAUACCAUACAUCUCCGAUUUGAUCCUGAAAGAACGAAGAUUGAGAGGGUUAUUGUUCCUGUGCCGAAUGCUGAGGGAAUCGAGGAGAUGCGGAGUGGAGCGUGGUUUAUCGGAGCUUGGGGCAUGACGACCAGACAGAAGGCGACGGCUAAUAAACUCAAGAGAGAUGAUCCGGAGUUGGUAUGGUGGCAGUGUAACAAUCGCGCGGGAGGUAAAUGGAUGAUCUGCCAUAUGCAUGUUCUCGAUGAGGGAGGAAAGACUGCCGAAGAUAUAGUCUGGGAGAGACACACCAAUGUUCGUGUCGUGUAA